UUUGAGUGGGUGAGUUUGACCGACUUCAGGGGAGGUUUGUUAAGAUGAACGGCUCUCUACAGGGACUCGGCUCUCAUCGUUCAAAAGAUUCGAUUCGUUCGUGAACGUCACAUCGCGCAGCCGCGCAGGCUUCUGGGAGUUUUUCACCGUGGAAACAUGAAGCGACAGAAAAAUUCUCUAGAGGAGGAUGUGGGCGCAGUGAUGUCAUGGUUCUCCAGCCCCGUCUACAGCCGUUACUGGCAGCACUACCAGCAGGCCAUGGGCUGGUACCAGAGACACAGACGGGCCUACAGCAAGUCCUGGGAGGCUGCCUACGGCCCGACUCACUGGCACCAGGAGUCUCCCAGCAGCCACCAGCGCUAUGCCGACUGGCGGGCCGAGGAGAGCGAAAGCGAGGAGGAUGAAGAGGAGGAGUGCAGCUCGGAGAGCGAGAUCGAGUGUGACGUCAGCAACAUGGAGAUCAGUGAAGAGCUUCGGCAGUACUUCGCCCACACAGAGAGACACCGAGAGGAGCUGAAAAAGCAGCAGCAGGUGGAGGCGGAGCUACAGGACAGCUAUGUCCCUGCAGACCAGGACCUGCAUGACGUGUCUUCUCGAAGCAGCGCCGCUCCUCCCUCCGAGCGCCCGGGUGAAAGACGAGUCGCCGAGAUGAAGAAACUGUACGGCAAAGACUCUGCCAAGAUUCUGGCCAUGGAGGCGGCCAUGCAGCUGACUUUUGAUCGAAACUGUGACCGGAAGCAGCCCAAAUACUGGCCCGUCAUCCCUCUGAAGCUGUAACAGCUUCGGCAGCUUCUGCUGGGACGGAUGAAUGCUGCAGAUGUGGAGCUAAUGAGCAUGGUCACCCUGGGCUAAACGUAGACUGUCUGACCAUUUACGCUCUUCUUCUUCUGUGGCGCUUUACGCUGCAGCAGCUCCAAACAGAAGCUGCUUCUGGUGUUUCAGACACGCUUACGGUGAAUUUAUUUAAACUUUUACGUCCCAGCCUCCUGAUUCUGAUGCUUCCUCAGGUUCAAAGGCUCCGUUUGUUUUACUCAAGAGGGUUGUUGACGCUUUUGUCCUGUUUGCAUCAUUCUGGAGUCAGGUUUCUAUUAUUUAUGGUUUUUCAUGUUAAUAAAGUCUUUUAUGUCUAAGUGAGUCCUGCACAUCUGCUGGGAUUUCUGAGAACUCUGAUCUUUAGGACGUUUCUACGCCCACAGCAGUGCUAAAUGUGUGUUUUAAUAAUAAUGUUUGGACUUUUUAGGUCAUAUUUUAUUCUUCAGUGUGUUAAAAGUGUUUUAGACCAGCUGAUUAUUAAUCAGGAGUUUUAAAAAGGGAUGGUUUGUUUUUCCAGACCUGAUCCGGUCUCACGGUAGUGGGUUAUGGUUGUAACUAGUAUCCAUUAUCUGUGGUUUAAUGAAGAACCCAUUUUAACUCGU